AUGCACAUGUCACUAACGCCAUGGGAACGCCGAACAGUUCUCCUGGCGCGUUGCAAACACAGUCGGCACUUCACUCUUAUUUUUAUGAUGAAUGUAAACAUCUUCGAUUGUUCCUCGCUAUCUCAAAUAUAAUUUCGAAAGCGGAGAAAAUAAAGUGACAAAUGCCACAGGAGGUGAUCAAGUCAUAAUUGUGCUGUGCUGGACUAAAAUCUCAGCAAUGUCGCUACUGUGCGUGCGAGUGAAAAAGGCCAAGCUCCAAGGACCUCCAGGCAAGUUUAAUGUGUAUGUCACGCUGAAGGUCCAGAAUGUUAAAAGCACAACCAUCACAGUGCGAGGAGACCGGCCCUGCUGGGAACAGGAUUUCAUGUUAUUGUUCCAGAGAUUAUUUUGUCAAUUCUUCAGGAAGAAUUCUGAGAAUCAGCUGCAGUUACGGGGAUUACCAGAGAGAGGGGGAUCUGGACUGGGAGUUCACAAAACACAUUUAAAGUUUUACUUCUUCUAUUAAAAAAAGCACAUUUGUUCAGUCUUCACCAGAGAUGGAAGAGUUACUUAAUGUUUUUCCAAUAUUAUCAGUAAUCUGAUCUAAACAGUGUUGAAAGUAACACAAUUUGUAGACAUUAUUAGAGAUUACAUUUCACAUUUAAUUUGAGUGAUAAUGGUGAGAGAAGGGUUCAUUUCAGUCUGUUUCUCGUACAAAGCUCUUGAAGCCUGAAUCUCAUGUAUAUUGUUGCAUACUUUUUUUGAAGAUUAAAAACCUCAAUUGCAUUGAAAAUAGUGAACAUAGAAAAUAGGGAAAAUAUAAGUCACUUGUGUUUUGGGACAAUUUGGAGAAAUAUGUGAGAUUGUCAGUAGUUUGAUUAUAUUAUUUUAACUAUUGUUAAAUGAUGAGGUUUCAUGUGUAUUCUGACCCAAAUAUAGGGUCAGUAAGACAUUUUUAAU